AUGUCAACGAUUGCGCACUCGUUGCGCGACUAUCGCUCGCCGACUCGACCUCAGCUGUUCGCCAACGCUUUCUCCUUGCCAACAGGCGAGUCACCUAUCACAGAUGCAGAGAUCACAUCGACCAUCUUAUCGCUCUCAGCGGCUACCAAGGAUGGACUCCAAGAGGAUCAGGUCUAUGCGGGCCGCUUAACGCUUACGCAGUCCUUCCUCUGCUUUGCAAGCCAAGGUGACCGCGGCCGCAGUUGUCGAAUGAAUCUGCCGCUGUGGUGCGUCCGCCGGGUCGAGCGGCUCAACACCAAGGGCACUGUCUUUGCCCUCAGCAUCGUCGUAUGGCACGGACUGAAGAUUAUCUUGCAACUCAACGCUCUUCGACCCACGUGCGAGCACUUCUGUGCCGUGCUCCGAGAUCAGCUUCGUGCCCAGCUCGGCAACAUGAAGCUUCUCAAACCCUUCCUCGCAGGCUGCUACAGUGAGUUCCUCAUCGCGGACGACUUGUCGGAUCCCAAAGGCAAGCGCGCUGUCACAGAUGCCUCCCUAACACCAGCAUCGGAAAAGGAUGAUCCAACAAAAUCUGCCUCAGCCGAUGAACCUGCCGCCACCUCCGGGAACGCCGAGGCAGAUGCAUCCGCCGACACCAAGGAGCCCGCCAAGUAUCAAGCUGGACUUGGUGCUACUUUUGGCUUCCCCGGCGAUGCACGAAAGCUAAGAGAGAAGAGCAAACUCAAACUGUGGCGCGACUACUUCCUUGCCCAUGGACGCAACCUCACACUACUACGAUAUCCGCAAUUCCUCCGACUUGUCCAGGUUGGUCUUCCAAAUCGACUGCGCGGUGAGAUUUGGGAGCUCACCUGUGGCUCGAUCUACAAUCGCUUCGCACACGCUGGCGAAUACCAAGCGAUCUUGAAACGCUACGAAGGCGUCACCAGUACGAGCACGGAAGAAAUUGAGAAGGAUCUCAAUCGUAGUCUGCCGGAGUACCCCGCCUAUCAAACUGCGGAAGGCAUCGAAACGCUGCGCAGAGUACUUGUAGCAUACAGCUGGAAGAAUCCAGAACUAGGCUACUGUCAGGCGAUGAACAUUGUCGUGGCGGCCAUUUUGAUCUACAUGAGCGAGGAGCAAUGCUUCUGGUUGCUCGAUACCCUUUGCGAAAGGCUACUUCCUGGCUACUACACACAGUCUAUGUCAGGCACACUACUUGAUCAAAAAGUGUUUGAGAAUUUGGUUCAGCGCACACUGCCUAUGAUCCACGAGCACUUUGUCAAGACCGACAUCCAGCUGAGUGUCGCAUCACUGCCAUGGUUUCUGUCACUCUACAUCAACUCGAUGCCGAUGAUCUUUGCGUUUCGUAUCGUCGAUUGCUUCAUGGCUAUGGGACCCAAAGUGCUCUUCCAAGUGGGUCUUGCUAUCCUCAAGAUCAAUGGCGAAGAGCUCUUGCAGGUCACCGACGAUGGUGCAUUCAUCAACCUGAUCAAGGGCUACUUCCGAUCGUUGGGUGACAGCGCACAUCCCAACAGCACCAACCCUCGUCAUCGCCAGAUCACCAACUUCCAAGAGCUGCUGGUGGUUGCUUUUCGCGAGUUUGGUAUCAUUACGGACGAGACAAUCGCAAGCGAGCGUCGACGAUUUCGUCAAGAGAUUGUGCAAGAGAUCGAGCUGUUUGCCAAGCGCAGCGCCAUCCGCAACCUUAAGAAUCACGGCCGUUUCUCCAAGGAGCAGAUCGGGCUGAUUUACGAUCAGGUCGUCGAAUCCAUCUAUCGAGCCAGGCACGCGCCGGGGGCAAUCACUGAUGUCAAGGCGGAUCCGAAUGCAGGUAUUGUUGCCAACGAUCCCAAGGAGGUGAUGGAGAAGGCGUUGGCACGAGAGCACAACAAGGACAGCAACGAGGAGGAGACACUGAACGACUACAAGGAGAUGCGAAUCGACCUCAAGACGUUCCGGCUCUUCUUGGGCGAGGUAGCGACAUGGGCGCGCGACGAAUAUGUCGUCUCGAACGGCUUCCAAGAGAGAGUGGAGAGACGUGUGCCAGAGCACGAGACUGUAGCUCGGCUCUUCCGAUUCUGGGACAAAGAGAAGCGCGGGACGCUCUCGUUGCAAGACAUGGUGACAGGACUGGACGCGAUCAUGUUCAACCAGGACGAUGUGAUGGCUAACAUCCAGUGGUUCUUCGAGCUUCAUUCGGAUGGACGACCAUCAUUGACCAAAGACGAGGUCUUGCGGCUGAGCGAGUCGCUACUCUUCUUCUUCCGCAAUGAGCCGAACGAUGGCUACUUGGGCGCAGUGUCCCAGCUGAUUGCCCAAGCCUUUGAGCAUGGUGGGGAAGGGAGCUACGAGAACAAGGCGACAGCAGCAGAAGCAGCCAUAGCAGCACCGGAAGCAUUCACAUGA